CUUGUCCGGGAAAUCACUAUCCCUGCCAAAGCAAAGUUCAAACUCUGCACAAGGUGUUCCUUUUGUUAUCCCAUAGUUAAUUGUUAAUCUCAACACUCUUCAUAGAUACAAAAUUGGCACGAUCUGUGUUCUUGUUGUCUUGGGAGAAUUGUGAUAGAUGCUGUUCUCUUCUUCUUCUUCAGAUUCAUCAUAGCAUGUUUUUUACCAGAGUCUUAGAAAUGACUCUGGGAAACGACACUGAACGCCUAAGAACAAUUUGGACACCCGAGAUGGAUGGUUAUUUCAUCGAUCUCAUGUUAGAGCAGGUUAGUCAAGGCCGUGAAGUUGAGGAUCAUAUGUUUAGCAAGAAGGCGUGGAAGCAUAUGUCUUCAAUGUUCAAUGCCAAGUUCAAUUUUCAGUACGAAAAAGAUGUUCUUAAGAACCGCCACAAAACGUUAAGGAAUCUGUACAGGAGUAUUAAGAACCUUCUUGGCCAACCAGGGUUUAGCUGGGACGAAAAGCGAAAUAUGGUCAUUGUUGAUGAUCAGGUAGAUGUGAAUGCGCUAACUCGUAGAGUAAAAAAAAGUAUACCCAAUUUCAAAGACUUGUGCACUAUUUAUGGACAUAUGGAAGCAAAAGACGAUGCAGCACCAGAAGAGUUAUCUAAUUCAGGACAAAAGGGAGCAAUUGUUCCUCAUGUAUCAGAGGAUAUAGGUGAGGAUGCUGAUGAACUGCUUCUUGAUGUCAGAGCUGAUGAAGACCUUGGAAUCUCUACCUUGGAUAAAGCAACUGAUGAUUGUGAACAAAGAGUGUCGAAGGAAACAACAACCUCUUCUCGUACCCGGACCCGGACUUAUUGGCAGCUACCAAUGGAUCGUUACUUCAUUAACUUGAUGCUUGCUCAUGUGCAAAAAGGGAAUCAAUUUGAUGGGGUUUUCAGCAAACAAGCAUGGAUGGAGAUAAUCUUAUCAUUCAAUGAAAAAUUUGGUUUUGAGUAUAGUUUGGAGAUUCUUAAGAAUAGGUACAAAACUCUGAGAAGGCAAUAUAAUUUAAUUAAAAGCCUCCUUCGGCUGGAUGGCUUUGCCUGGGAUGAAACACGCCAGAUGGUUAUUGCCGAUGAUUGUGUCUGGCAAGAUUAUAUUAAGGUUCAUCCGGAUGCACGACAAUAUAUGACUCGACCUUUGCCAUACUAUAAAGAUUUGCGUGUCAUAUAUGAUCCAAGUUUUGAUGAAAAAGAAUAUCCUUUGCCUCCAGAUAAGCAUCAAAAUGCAAAUGAUUUUAAGAUUGAGUGCUCUUCAACAUCUAACACUGUUCAGUCUUCAGUUACACCCAAUUCUAACGAAGAACAAUUUAGUGGUGUCAAUGAGUUACCUUAUAUAGGUCAGAAACAGAAGCGCCAAUUAGAGAUAUGUUCUAAUUCUACCAGUCCUAAAAGAUCAAGGAAUGAUGAACAAGGCAUGGCUGCUGCACUCCAUGAGAUGGCUGCUGUAGUUUCAACAGUGUCUGCAAAAAAUAAUGAUACCUCAAUAUCAAUAGAGAACGUCAUAGAAGCAGUGCAAGCAUUGCCUGAUAUGGAUGAUGACCUGGUUUUGGAUGCUUGUGAUUUCUUGGAGGAUGAAAGAAAAGCUAAAACAUUUCUUGCAUUGGAUGCUAAGCUUAGAAAAAAAUGGUUGAUUAGGAAACUUCGCACAUAGGUGUAUCCUACGCCUCCCUUCAUUUUUCACUUGCUAUUGAUUUUGGUCCAUAUUCUUUAAGAAGUAGAGCUGAUUAGAUUUUUUUUGGGAGGAUUCUAAGCAAACUAGUGCUACUAAUCAUUUUGAUAAUAGAAUUAGCAUUUUGGAACGCUAAAUUAAUUUGUAUAUUCAUCAUAUUUAGUUAAUGACUGCACAAAAUGCAUUUAUACCUAGCAAUGCUCAGGUUAUGUGAGAGGAAAGUGUUUCAAAAACUUUCCACAACUUCAGAGCUUUGAGGGUCUGCAGCUCCUGCUGCUGAACUCAUUCAAUGAUUAUCACCUCAUCACUACCUUUCUCUUCUGUUUAUCUUUGCCUUGCUUACUCUUUCCUUGUCCUUCCUAGUUCCUGCCCUCCUUGCCACAAAACAAGGUUUAUCAACCCAAAUCCUUUUGUGCCCUUUACUGACAUUUCUCACAUGUUCUGGCAUAUGAUCCCUAACAUAAUCCCUUCUGUGAAAGUUUAUCAUCACAACUGUUAUUCCAGUUUAUCAGAGGUAGCAUAAUGACAGUUCUAGUUUUGACUAAGGUCUCAUAUUUUAGUUCGAAGCCCUUUUUGAACACUGGUCCUUGUAACGUUACUCGCUACUUCAUUCUACAUACAUGGACCCGUCAUUUUA